AUGUUUGAUCUAAAAAAUAAAGUAGUUUUGAUCACUGGAGGAUCUCAAGGCAUUGGUGCCAAAGUUAUCGAGUUUUUACUCAAAGAGAAUGUAAAGCAUAUCGCUAAUUUAGAUGUAGCAGAGAAAGCUGGCAUUGCUCAGCAAAAUGAGUUGAAUAAAAAGUAUACAAAUAAAGUCAAAUUCUAUAAAUGUGAUGUUUCAAAUGAGGAACAGUUGAUGAGUGCGUAUCAAAUGAUUUUGGACGAACAAGGAUACAUCGAUAUUGUAAUAAAUAAUGCAGGAAUCGCGAACGAUAGUAAAGAAAAAUAUAAGAAAGAAAUUGAAAUUAACUUCUUAGCUGUAACGACUAGCACACUAAAAGCGAUGGAGAUAAUGCGUAAAGAUGAAGGAGGCAAUGGAGGUAUAGUCUUAAAUAUCUCUUCUGCUGCGGCGUUGUGUCAAGAUGAACUAUUACCCAUCUAUGCCGGAACUAAAAGCGGAAUUUUGCAAUUUAGCAAUUGUAUUGGGAUGCCCAGGUAUUAUUCAAGAACUGGAGUACGUGUUUUAACAUUAUGUUAUGGAGGGACUGAAUCUCAUAUUUUCAGUGACUUUGACACUAUAGACAAGACAUUUUUAAAUCAUUUCAACGAGGUUAUUGUGAAAGUAUUCCCACCACAGAAGGUGGAAUCUGCAGCUUCCGCUUUGAUCGAGGUCCUAAAGAAUGGAGAAAGUGGCAGUACUUGGAUGUCAGCUAAUAAUAAACCGGCUCUUGAUAUAACACCUACCGUAAAGAAAGCAUAUGGAAUCCUAUCAGAAGCUUAUACCAGUCUAUAUGCUGACUCUUUUGAAAAGGUUUCAUAA